GUCAUGACGAGGUGCUCGAGCGUGCGUGGGUCAUGGCUGCUUGGGGCCGCCUUGAUCAGAUGAGCGGCGAGCGCACUCUGAUGCACUCCACGAUCAGGUCGAACGCCCGCCUGUCCCCAAAGCAAGCCAGAACGACUCUGUAUCCCACGUACAUCGACACUUGGAACUAACCCAUUCGGACUCGCGAUCUCAGCUGAGACCGCCUCGAACGUGUUUAGCACCGAUUCGAACAGCCUCGUCACUGCUGACAAUGGCACCCACUGCAAGCUCCACCUCGGCCGUGCCAUCGACAUCGGCCAAGGCGCUGCUCGACCCUGCUGAUGCGCUGAGCACCCUCGCGUCUUACAAGACUGGCGAUGGCUUGAGCAUGGAUGAACUCAUCGACAGCCGUCAGCACGGCGGCUUGACUUACAAUGACUUUUUGGUAUUGCCAGGUUACAUUGACUUUCCAGCCUCUGCUGCAUCGCUCAAGACCAAAGUGACUCGCAAUGUGACCCUGAACACUCCAUUUCUCUCUUCUCCGAUGGACACGGUGACAGAGACGGACAUGGCUAUCGCCAUGGGUCUAAUGGGAGGUAUGGGAGUCAUUCACAACAAUCUCUCGGCAGAGGAACAAGCUGAAAUGGUUCGAAAAGUCAAAAUGUACGAGAAUGGAUUCAUCACAGAACCGCUUUGUCUCUCUCCAAACGCUAAGGUUGGAGAUGUGCUGGAUAUCAAGCAGCGCUUGGGCUUUGGCGGUGUACCGAUCACUGAUACCGGAAAGAUUCGCGGCAAGCUGCUCGGUAUCGUCACUGCUCGUGACGUGCAAUUCCGCCGACCAGACGUGUCGGUGACGGAAGUCAUGACUGUCGAUCUGGUCACGGCUCGGCAGGGCAUCACCUUGGAGGAGGCAAACACCAUCCUGCGCGAUUCCAAAAAAGGAAAGCUUCCAAUCUUGGACGAGGCUGGCAACCUCGUCUCUUUACUCGCCAGAUCCGACCUUCUCAAGAACCAAAACUUCCCAUUGGCUUCUAAGAGGCCCGAGUCCAAGCAGCUGUACUGCGCUGCUGCCGUAGGCACCAGACCCUCUGACCGGGAACGUUUGUCACUCCUUGUCGAUGCCGGCUUGGAUGUGGUCAUCCUCGACUCGUCUCAAGGAAACAGCGUGUUCCAAGUAGAGAUGAUUCGCUGGAUCAAGAGCACCUACCCGCACAUCGAUGUUAUCGCGGGCAAUGUCGUCACACGAGAGCAAGCUGCAACUCUGAUCGCUGCUGGCGCCGACGGUCUCAGAGUGGGUAUGGGCAGCGGUUCCAUCUGCAUCACUCAGGAAGUCAUGGCGGUGGGUCGACCUCAAGGAACAGCAGUGCACGCUGUUGCCGAAUUCGCAAACAGGUUCGGUGUGCCGGUCAUUGCUGACGGAGGCAUCAGCAACGUGGGCCACAUUGCGAAAGCCUUGUCCCUAGGUGCCUCGGCCAUCAUGGCUGGAGGCUUGUUUGCCGGAACGACGGAAGCGCCAGGAGAUUACGUGUACAGAGACGGCAAAAGGUUCAAGGCGUACUCUGGCAUGGGGUCCCUCACCUCCAUGGCUCGCAAGACGAACAAGAUUUCGGGAGAGAAUGCGGCUACGCAGAGGUACUUCUCGGAAGAGGAUACGGUCAAGGUGGCACAAGGCGUUACGGGCCAAGUGACGGAUAAAGGUAGCGUGCUGCCUUUUAUCAAUUACCUCUACACUGCCUUGCAGCACAGCUUUCAGGACAUGGGAGUGCAGAGCUUGGACCAACUGAGGAACAACGUCAAGGUGGGAACGCUCAGGUUCGAACUUCGGACCGCUAGUGCUCAGCUCGAGGGUGGGGUGCACGGUCUGAGCUCGUACGAAAAGACGCUAUACAAGUGAUCUGUUCGCUUGCCCUUGCGCAUCGCCAUUCCCGCUGUUUCUCGACCGAGUUCCGCCGACCCGCACAAUCCAUGUCGGCUCGGCUUUUUUCGGCGUCGGCUUCCCCGAUCUUGAUGCCUUCCACGUCGCCAGGCAGACGCACUCCACACGAAUCCAGAGCGCCCUGUAUGAUGCCUCUUCUCUCUGACCUCCGCGCCCGCUUUGCACCUCACUCACGACUCGACUCAAACUCAGCCAUGCCG